UUUUAAAUAAUGUAGGAAUUACAACCGGACGAUGAAAUGUUAAGUUCGGCUUCCGACGACAGUAGAUCAACUAACCAAAGCAUACAAGAACUCAAAUCAUUGAAAAUAAGCCAUGAUCGACUUAAACUGGCUCUUGCACAAAGCACUGCCAACUCAAAGAAAUGGGAAACGGAGCUCCAAGCUUUGAAAAACACGAACGCUCGUUUGACAACAGCAUUACAGGAGUCUAUGUCUAAUGUAGAUCAAUGGCAUCGGCAACUUACUUUGUAUAAAGAGGAAAAUGAACAAUUUAAAAAGAAGAUUAAAGAGCUUGAAAAUGAUAAGAACAAAGGAGCUGAACUGAACGACAGAGUCGCCGAUCUAAAAAGAGAGAUGGAAAAACUGCACAAGGAAAAUUCCGAGAAAUCGCAAGAGUGCAAUAUGUUGCAACAGAGAAUUGGAGUUCUUACUGUGGUUGAGAAACAACAUAAUGAGUGUUCUGCAAGACACCAGGUUUGCUGAUCCAAUAAAUAAAUAACGAUUUAUUUCAAAACACAAAAAAAUAUGUUUAAUUAAAAACUUUAGAUCCACAAAUUAAAAUAACAACAAUUUUUUGAAAUUUUGAAAGGACUGUAUAAACAAAUAAAAAUUAUGUUUUUUUGGGUAAUUGAUCAGAAACUGGAGAAAUACGCUACAUUUUUUUACUAGAUGAACCAAUAAAAGUAAGAUAGUAAUGCCUUGAAAAAUUGCACACCAUUUUUGAAAUACUUAAAAAGGAUUUACCAAUUUUUUAUAUCGAUUG